GAUCCUGACGAGAAAGUAAACUUAGACCCUGACCUAUAUUCCUCAGCAGUUGAAGCAACCAGGAAUAUUCUGGACUUCAGCUACUACUACAUGGGCGAGAAAGCAUUUCUUGCUCUGGUUGAUGUCAUUGAGGAAGAGAAAGGAGUUCAAGCUUUAAAGCUACAAGGUAACAAUCUCACUGAUAAAUGUGUUAUUGCCUUAUGAAGAAUGUUAGAAGAUGUGCAUCAUAAAGACCUUGAAUACCUUGACUUGUCGGAAAAUCCAAGCCUCACUGAUGAAACAGCAAGUGCCUUAGCGUCUUUAGUAACCAGAUUGCCAAAUCUUGCACAGGUAAGGCUCCAGGAAUGUCCAAGAGUGAGCAAGCAGAAGAUGAAUGUUCUUGAACUCAAAGUUGAUGAAAAAAUAUUAAAUGCAUAA